AUGUUCAAAUACGCGGCUGUCCUUUUCGCUACACUUGCUUGUGCUCUUGCCAAGCCUGGUUUGCUGAGCGCUCCAUUGGCUUAUACGGCGCCUGCCGCCGCUGUUUUUGCGGCUUCUUCCCCCGUGGUGACGGCAACCAGCAGUCAGGUAGUGGCUCGUAAUUUUAAUGGAAUAGCUACAGCUCCGAUUAUUGCUCCUGUUGCUCCUGUGGCUCCAGUCGCGCCCCUCGCCGCCCCUAUUGCAUCGGGUCAUGUUGUAGCUGCACCGGCCGCUGUGGCUGCUGUGGCCCCUGCUCCUUUGACCGCCGCCUACACUUCCCCGCUGGGCGCUACGUAUACCGCUCCGUUAACAGCCGCUUAUACAGCUCCGUUUGCUGCUGCUUAUACCGCUCCCUUGCCGGCUGCUUAUGCUGGGCCUUAUACUGCGCCUUAUGCUGCGCCUUAUACUGCGCCUUAUGCUGCGCCUUAUGCUGCACCUUACGCUGCGCCUUAUGCUUCUGCCUAUACAGCACCUUUGAAUACCGUUUUUUCUAGUCAACGUUUAGAUGUCUUCAAUCGUUACAGAGCCGCUUUAGUAGCUAGCCCAGCAAAAUUACUCGCAUCCGCUCCUGCAGCUGCUUAUAUAGCACCUGCACCUACACGAUAUGUGGCUCCCGCAGUAGCAGCCCCCGCCAAACUCAUUUCGGCACCUGUUUCCGCUCCCAUAUUGCUUUAA